AUGUUUGUCCUGGUGGAGAUGAGUGACACGGUGAGGAUCCCUCCCUGGCAGUUCGAAAGGAGGCUGAACGAGUCGAUCGCUGAGGAGCUGAACAAGAAGCUGGCCAAUAAGGUUGUAUACAAUGUUGGCCUCUGCAUCUGUCUGUAUGAUAUCACAAAGCUGGAAGAUUCAUACAUAUUCCCUGGAGAUGGGGCAUCACACACCAAAGUGCAUUUCCGCUACGUGGUCUUCCAUCCCUUCCUGGAUGAGAUUCUGGUUGGACAGAUUAAAAGCUGCAGCCAGGAUGGUGUUCACGUUUCUAUUGGAUUCUUUGAUGAUAUUGUCAUCCCACCAGAAUCCCUGCAGCAGCCAGCUAAGUUCGACGAAGCAGAGCAGGUGUGGGUAUGGGAAUACGAGACAGAAGAAGGAGCCCAUGAUCUUUACAUGGACAUUGGGGAGGAGAUUCGCUUCCGAGUCGUGGAUGAAACGUUUGUCGAUACAUCACCAACAGGCCCAAGCUCUGCAGAGGCCUCCACUUCAAAUGCCACAGAAGAAGUCCAGAAGAAAGAAGCACCCUACACUCUCGUGGGAUCAAUCAGUGAGCCAGGCCUGGGCCUCCUGUCAUGGUGGACAAACAGUUAGCUGCCAUUAGAGCCUGUUCCACAGAAAGUCUUUCCGGUGGAUGUUUGGGGGAUUGUGGGAUCCUGCUGGUGUUCAAUGCUCCUCUGAAGCUGAAUGAGAAAUUAGACCUGCCAUUCUCCGUUUCCCCUUCAGCUUCCAACCUGCCAGAUCGAGACAGUCGCUUUCAAGAAAUGUCUGUGCUGAUCUGCAGAAGUGAAUUUACAGGCACAGAAAGCCUUGAGUGCAGCAGCAACAAACUCGGCUGGAGCUUUGGUCUCCUGCCCUGGAGGGAAAACUGGGGAGGUCUUUACUUGCCUGAAUUAAGAAGGGAGUUAACUUCAAUGAGUGAAAGCAGGAGAGAAUGCAUGUCAAGAUGGAUCACUCCCUUGGGCUGAGAGCUUCAUCUCAGAGGGGUAGAAACCUGCUGGUUCUUUUGACAGGAAAUGGAGAAGAAAAACAGCAAAAAAAUGAAGCUAAUAGGGGUGCAGUACUCUGGAGACCUGGAAAAUGCUGCUGCUGGGAGGGCAGGGGAGGUGGUGGUAAUGUCUGCAAAGAAUGGGAACUUAACCCAUGGAUGAAAUCAGUCAAAGAGAACUCCAUGUCAGUGGCUUAUCCAAAGGUAGUUUAGGCUCUGUGAAGAUGACCACUUUGGAAGGCUACAGACCACUUAUUGUGCUGAAUGGAAGCACUUCACUGGAUGGGCUGCAUUCGUGUACAAUGAGCUAAACUUUGCAGGAGUUUGACUGAAAAUGUACAAUUAUGAACUGAAACAGACCAAGGCUGCUUCAAGCAAGUUAAAUGCUUGUUUGUGGGGGGUGUGUUAAUACCAGAAAUUGAAUAAACAGUGAAA